AUGCGUCCCGAAGUCGAACAGGAGCUCGCUCACACGCUCCUCGUGGAGCUCCUCGCAUACCAAUUCGCCUCUCCCGUUAGGUGGAUCGAGACUCAAGAUGUCUUCCUCGCAGAGAAAACUGCCGAGAGAAUCGUCGAGGUUGGUCCGGCCGACACUCUUGGUGUAAUGGCCAAGAGAACACUGGCAUCCAAAUACGAGGCCUAUGAUGCAGCAAAAUCUGUCCAACGACAAAUCCUCUGCUAUAACAAGGACGCAAAAGAGAUCUACUACGAUGUAGACCCGGUGGAGGAGGAGCCAGAGCCCGCUGCUGCUGCUAGUGAAAGCUCCAGCAGCGCUGCUCCGGCCGCCGCCGCGGCCGCGGCUCCAGUUGCUGCUGCUGCCCCUGCCCCCAGCGCCGGGCCAGCUGCUCAGGUUCCUGAUGCUCCAGUUUCUGCUCUCGAUAUUGUCAGGGCUCUGAUAGCACAGAAGCUGAAGAAGCCGCUGCUCGAGAUCCCGCUCAGCAAGGCUAUCAAGGAUCUCGUGGGUGGAAAAUCUACUCUACAGAACGAGAUUCUUGGAGACCUCGGCAAGGAAUUUGGCUCAACGCCCGAGAAGCCAGAAGACACACCUUUGGACGAGCUUGGUGCUUCUAUGCAAGCGACUUUCGACGGCAACUUGGGCAAGCAGUCACAGGCAUUGAUCGCUCGUCUGAUUUCUUCCAAGAUGCCUGGUGGGUUCAAUAUCACAGCUGCACGCAAGUACCUUGAAACAAGAUGGGGCCUGGCGUCAGGUCGUCAGGACGGAGUUCUGCUACUGGGUAUCACAAUGGAGCCCGCGGCUCGUCUAGGGUCGGACAGCGACGCCAAAGCAUUCCUCGACGACGUUGCUCAGAAGUAUGCUGCGAAUUCAGGUAUCAGUCUUUCCACAGCCGCAGCUGCCGGCCCUGCCGCUGGCGGUGGCGGCAUGAUGAUGGAUCCCGAGGCGAUUGAUGCCUUGACAAAAGAUCAGAGAGCUCUUUUCAAGCAGCAACUGGAGCUUCUAGCGCGCUACCUCAAGAUGGAUCUCCGUGCCGGUGACAAGGCGUUCAUCAACGAGCAGAAAUCGUCCAAGGUGCUCCAAUCACAACUGGAUCUUUGGAUGGCCGAGCACGGUGACUUCUACGCAUCCGGAAUUGAGCCAUCUUUCGAUCCUCUCAAGGCUAGAACCUAUGAUUCAGCCUGGAACUGGGCCAGACAAGAUGCUCUUACUAUGUACUUUGAUAUUAUUUUCGGCAGACUCCAGGCUGUUGACCGAGAAAUCGUUAGCCAGUGCAUCCGGAUCAUGAACCGGUCAAACCCAACCCUGCUGGAGUUCAUGCAGUAUCAUAUCGAUAAUUGCCCGACAGAGCGAGGCGAGACAUACAAGCUCGCAAAGGAGCUUGGCGCCCAGCUCAUUGAGAAUUGCAAAGAUGUCCUCGACGUUUCCCCCGUCUACAAGGAUGUGGCCGUUCCCACUGGACCUCGCACAACUGUCGACGCCCGCGGCAACCUCAACUACGAGGAAGUCCCCCGGCCAAGCUGCCGAAAACUCGAGCACUACGUGCAGCAGAUGGCUGAGGGCGGCAAGAUCUCAGAAUACGGCAACCGCACGAAGGUUCAGAGUGAUCUCUCUCGAAUUUACAAGCUUAUCAAGCAGCAGCACAAACUUUCCAAGACUUCUCAAUUGGAAAUCAAGAGUCUGUAUGGCGAGGUCCUCCGCUCAUUGCAGAUGAAUGAGAGCCAGAUUCUCAAGGAGAAUGGCAAGCCUGCUGCUCUGGCCAAGAAGCCAAGCCUGAAGCCCAAUGGUCAAUCAAAGGGCAAGGUUGAGACUAUUCCGUUCCUACACCUGAGGAAGAAGACCAUGAAUGGCUGGGAUUACAGCAAGAAGCUUACUGGUCUGUACCUUGAUUGCCUCGAGCAAGCGGCCAGGUCUGGUGUCACUUUCCAUGGCAAGUACGCGUUGAUGACUGGUGCCGGCGCUGGUUCUAUCGGUGCCGAAGUCCUGCAGGGCUUGAUCAGCGGUGGCGCAAAUGUUAUUGUAACCACCAGCCGCUUCUCCCGCGAGGUCACUGAGUACUAUCAGUCCAUGUAUGCACGAUAUGGCUCUCGCGGCUCGCAGCUCGUAGUUGUACCCUUCAACCAAGGCAGCAAGCAGGAUGUUGAGGCUCUGAUCGAGUACAUCUACGACCCCAAGACUGGUCUGGGCUGGGAUCUCGACUUCAUUGUCCCAUUUGCGGCUAUCCCUGAGAAUGGUCGUCAAAUCGAUGGCAUCGACUCUAAGUCUGAGCUUGCUCACCGUAUCAUGCUUACCAAUCUUCUACGCCUCCUCGGUAAUGUCAAGACCCAGAAGGCUGCACGUGGCUUUGAGACCAGACCCGCACAAGUCAUUCUUCCCCUGUCUCCCAACCACGGCACAUUCGGCAAUGACGGUCUCUAUUCUGAGUCCAAGCUUGCCCUCGAGACACUAUUCAACAGAUGGCAUGCUGAAGACUGGGGUAACUACCUCACUAUCUGCGGCGCCAUCAUUGGCUGGACUCGCGGUACCGGACUCAUGUCCGCCAACAACAUCGUCGCCGAGGGUGUUGAGGCUUUUGGAGUGCGCACUUUCUCUCAGCAGGAGAUGGCAUUUAACUUGCUCGCUCUCAUGGCACCAACAAUUGUAGAUCUUUGCCAGAACGAGCCUGUAUUCGCUGAUCUCAACGGUGGCCUUCAAUUCAUUCCCAACUUGAAUGAUACCAUGACCAAGUUGCGCAAGGACAUUAUGGAGGACAGUGAGGUCCGCAGGGCUGUCACCAAGGAGACUGCUCUUGAGAACAAGACUGUCAAUGGUGAGAGCUCUGAGGCUCUCUACAAGAAGAAGGUUAUCGAGCCCCGUGCGAACAUCAAGUUCGACUUCCCCAACCUUCCGGACUGGAAGAAGGAAAUUGCUCCGCUUAAUGAUAACCUGAAGGGUAUGGUGGAUCUGGAGAAGGUCGUCGUUGUCACGGGUUUUGCUGAAGUCGGUCCCUGGGGUAACUCUCGUACUCGUUGGGAGAUGGAGGCGUAUGGCGAAUUUUCCCUUGAGGGUUGUGUUGAGAUGGCCUGGAUCAUGGGUCUUAUCAAGAACCACAACGGUCCUAUAAAGGGCAAGCCAUACUCUGGCUGGGUCGAUGCCAAGUCUGGCGAGCCAGUUGAUGACAAGGACGUGAAGCAGAAAUAUGAGAAAUACAUCCUUGAGCACUCUGGUAUCAGGCUCAUCGAGCCCGAGCUGUUCGACGGCUAUGAUCCCAACAAGAAGCAGCUCCUGCACGAGGUUGUCAUCGAGGAGGAUCUCGAACCAUUUGAGGCUUCCAAGGAGACCGCUCUGGAGUUCAAGCGCGAGCACGGGGACAAGGUUGAGAUUUUUGAGAUUCCUGAGAGCGGUGAAUACACUGUUCGCAUGAAGAAGGGAGCUGGCUUGUGGAUCCCCAAGGCUCUCCGCUUCGACCGCCUUGUUGCCGGUCAGAUCCCUACUGGAUGGGAUGCUAAGCGCUAUGGUGUCCCAGAGGACAUCAUUUCACAGGUAGACCCUGUUGCGCUAUUCGUUCUCGUCUCAGUGGCAGAGGCACUACUGUCAUCUGGCAUCACAGACCCGUACGAGUUUUACAAGUAUGUGCAUGUAUCGGAAGUUGGCAACUGUGUCGGUUCUGGUAUGGGUGGUGCCGCUGCCCUUCGAGGCAUGCACAGAGACAGGUUCUUGGACAAGCCUCUCCAGAAUGACAUACUCCAGGAGUCUUUCAUCAACACCAUGAGCGCCUGGGUCAACAUGUUGAUGCUCUCAUCUUCUGGACCUAUCAAGACGCCUGUCGGUGCCUGCGCUACCGCUGUCGAGUCCGUUGAUAUUGGCUACGAAACUAUCAUGGAAGGCAAGGCCAAGAUUUGCCUUGUUGGUGGGUUCGAUGACUUCGGCGAGGAAGGCUCUUACGAAUUCGCCAACAUGAAGGCGACCAGCAAUGCGGUUGACGAGUUUGCUCAUGGUCGCACACCUAAGGAGAUGUCUCGACCUACGACGACCACCAGAAAUGGAUUCAUGGAAUCCCAGGGAUGUGGUGUUCAGGUUAUCAUGACAGCUAAGCUUGCCUUGGACAUGGGUGUUCCUAUCCACGGUAUCUUGGCGUUCACCACAACUGCCUCUGACAAGAUCGGACGGUCCGUCCCUGCCCCUGGUCAGGGUGUCCUGACCUCAGCCAAGGAGAACGCCGGCAAGUACCGCUCUCCUCUGCUCGACAUCAACUAUAGACGACGCCAGAUCCAGCUUCGAAAGAAGCAGAUUAAGCAGUGGCAGGAGUCUGAGCUUGAAUACCUCGCAGAAGAGGUCGAGGCGAUGAAGGCACAGGGCGAUGACUUUGAUGAGAAGGCUUAUGCCGCUGACCGUGCAAACCACAUCGAGAAGGAGGCGUCGAGACAGGAGAAGGAUGUCCUUCGCAGUCUGGGCAACAACUUCUGGAAGAGUGACCCAAGCAUCGCACCCCUUCGUGGCGCCUUGGCAACCUGGGGUCUUACUAUCGACGAUCUCGGUGUGGCAUCAUUCCACGGAACAUCCACCAAGGCCAACGACAAAAAUGAGUCAUCUGUCAUCUGCCAGCAACUUACCCACCUUGGCCGAAAGAAGGGUAAUGCCGUUCUCGGUAUUUUCCAGAAAUACCUCACUGGUCACCCCAAGGGUGCUGCCGGUGCAUGGAUGAUGAACGGCUGCUUGCAGGUCCUGAACACCGGCUUGGUACCAGGAAACCGCAAUGCCGAUAAUGUUGAUAAAGAGAUGGAGAAGUUUGAUCUCAUUGUCUACCCCAGCAAGAGCAUCCAGACCGAUGGUAUCAAGGCUUUCUCAGUUACCUCCUUUGGUUUCGGCCAAAAGGGAGCCCAAGCUAUUGGUGUUCACCCCAAGUACUUGUUCGCCACUCUUGAUGAACAGACUUACACUGCCUACUGCGCCAAGCUUGAGGCUCGCCAGAAGAAGGCUUACCGAUUCUUCCAUAACGGCAUGAUUAACAACACCCUGUUUGUGGCCAAGGCCCACUCUCCGUACACGGAGGAGCAGCUUAGCUCCGUGCUACUCAACCCCGAUGCCCGUGUGCUAGAGGACAAGAAGACGGCUGAGCUCAACUACCCUACCAACUUCAUGAAGCUGUCUGAGAAAACCGUACCGGCUGCCAAAGUCAAGACCACUAUGGAGAUGGUAGCACAGCUUGCAGAGGGAGCCGCCACCAAGAACACCAAGGUUGGCGUUGAUGUUGAGGACAUUGCCGCCAUCAACAUUGAGAAUGAUACCUUCCUCGAGCGCAAUUUCACUCCCAGUGAGAUCGACUACUGCAACAAGAGCCCUUCGCCCCAGAGCUCAUUCGCUGGGCGCUGGAGCGCGAAGGAGGCAGUGUUCAAGAGUCUGGGAGUCGCCAGUAAGGGAGCCGGCGCGCCCCUGAAGGACAUUGAGAUCCUAAAGAACGAGAAUGGCGCCCCUAUCGUUCAUCUUCACGGUGACGCCGCUUCCGCAGCGAAGGCAGCCGGACUCAAGGAGAUCAAUGUGUCCAUCUCUCACUCUGACAGUCAGGCAAUCGCCGUCGCUGUCGCGUCAUUCUAG